ACCGCCUUUCGUCCAAAAGUGCCAUUUGCCAUUUUGAAUUCCUCCGCGCUUCCUCCGUUGGCCACCAGUAAAGCCUUCCAGUUUCAGCACGCGAAAGGCGCCGUCUGGUGGCUCCUGAGGCUGAAGGAUGCCAGGUGGUGCGCUUGAGGUGAUGCACUGCACUCGAUGUGCGAGAGGGGCCACACCCUUUCUUUAAAAGCGGCUGCACUUUUUUUCGACGCGUGCAAAGAGGCUCUCAGGAAUAGCAGAGGGACGGUGCCCAACUCUGAGCUCGUCGGAAGGUCAGUGGAGUGGAGGGAGCUGUGCAUGCAUUCAUCUUUGUGGCUGAUUAAUAGAAUGACUGAGGAACGAAGCAAGGCUGUGUGACCUUGGGGACUUCCUAACUGCAACGCUGUCAGCAGUCAAACUCAAAUGUUAGAAGUCAUGCUCAUCUGAUUUAAUAGGAUGGCAUCUGAGGAGGUUACCCUGUUGGAGUGUAACCAAACCAAAACGAAUACACUUACCCCGCUGAGAAAGUGCCAAAUCCUCACCUUCCUCUGUGUUUUACCGCUGGCGCUUCUUAAUGUGUGGCUCAAGGCAUUCAGCUAUGACUCCAACGAACACACGCAAGUGACGAUUCUUAUGUGGCACGAACCCUUCGGCCCACCCGCUCAUCUGUUCAGUACGGACAGGGACCACAACUGCAGCCCGUCCUGCAAGAUCGUGAGGCAAAGGUCUUUGUUUCCCACGGCAGAUGUGGUGGUGUUCCACAACCGUGAGCUGAUCACUGGACGGGAGAAACUCCCGAUGCAUCUUCCCAGGCCGCCGGGGCAGAGGUGGGCUUGGAUGUCCCUGGAGUCCCCUGUUCACAAUGGAGACCUGAGGAAAUUUGCAGGGAUCUUCAACUUGACGAUGAACUACAGGAGGGAUGCAGAUAUUUCAAUCCCCUACGGAGAGCGGCUUGCCGUAAAGUCUGAAGGAGAAAAUCCUGUGCAGACCAACACACAGAACAAAACCAUUCUGGCAUGUUGGGUCGUCAGCAACUACGCGAGUUCCUACAGAAGAAGCAAAGUACACAAAGCACUCAGCGCGAUAGUUCCUGUUAAGGUCUACGGGCGCUGGACAAACAUUCCUCUGACCUCAGCAGAACUCCUACCCACCAUCUCUCACUGCUACUUCUAUUUGGCCUUUGAGAACUCUGAGGCAAAAGAUUACAUCACCGAGAAGCUGUGGAAAAACGCUUACCAAUCGGGGGCAGUUCCCAUCGUCCUGGGAGCUUCCAUGGAGGAUUACGAGGCCGUGGCUCCGCCUCACUCCUUCAUCCACGUCGAUGAAUUUGCGUCGGUGAAAGAGUUGGCUGCGUAUCUGCAGCAGGUUGCGGGAGACCAGAAGCGCUACAGCGAGUAUUUUCAGUGGAAGCGGAAUUGGAAAACAAAGUUGAACAGUGGCUGGAACGAGAGACUGUGUAAGAUCUGCUCCCACUUCGACAGUUUGCCUCCAAACAAGGUUUACGACGACCUGGCUGCAUGGGAUCAUGCUACUGGCGUGGCGUAAGCCUCUUUUUGCGCAGAAUUCACACAAACUGAGCCGCCGUUUGCCUGUGAGGUUUACACACAACCCGCCGAACACACUACAUAACCAUGUGUGCAAAUUCAUUAAAGUGUUCUGCACCUGUAGGCUAAGCAUUUUUUUCCAAAAAUCCAUGGUCAUCAUUGGCCGACGUUCCAGCUUUGGCUUGAAAAUGAACCUACGGCCUUUUUGUAAGCGGAAAAAGCAGGAUUGACGCAGAUUCGCCAUAAAAUAAUCUUAAACUAGGCUGACCUGAAAUACAACCUCGUUAUCAUUCUUGCUUCAAACUUUGUCAAAUGUGCCACCAUCUAGCGAUCGAAAGUGGAAUCACACCCAUAAACAGGUGGCAGAUCCAAACAGAACCAACGUCACACAAUUAUUUACUGAGGCAAAGGGCGGUGAAACAAUUCAAAAAUAAAAAUACAGGCGGGAGAAAACAGAAUUUGAAUACAUUUAACAUGAUAGAAUGCUUCUGAGCAAGGUUGGCUAAAAUUAGUGGUCGACUGACUGAUCUCUUAAAAAAAAAGGCAUACGCUCAAAAUCAGGUGUACAAGUUAAAUUACUCUGAAAAGCAUGUAUUCAAUUUUCAGGCAUCCGGUGGAACAAGCAUAGGAAGAACAUGUCAACAUCUGUUAGAAAAUAGUCAAUGACAGGACAGACUUUCACCCUAGAUGAGAUGUUGUAAAUGUGCAAUCAAAGCAGCAAAAUAGCAGCAAAUACCACUUUGUUAUCAAAAUAUUGCAUUCAAUCUUGAAAAAUUUUUUUUACAGAGGAUCAAAUUCAUCUUUU